CAUGCUGUGCCCCCAGAGGGGCUGCUUCUCUCCACCCCUGCAGGCUCACAUGCCUCAGAAUCUCCUUGUGACUCCUCUUCCUUCUCUGAGGAACCUGGGAUUUGGCUGCCAGUUUUCCAGUGCCAGGCCAGCAUGUGUUCAAGUUGUAUUUCAGCCAGGUAUGCCUCAUACCUGUGAUCCAAGCACUGAGAGCUGCAAGUCUUUCCUGGCGGGGAGGAGGAGAACAUGAUGAAAUUAGGAAGUGCGUUGGGAAGAGAAUGAAGAAGAUCAGUGCAGAUGGGAAGCAGCCCUGCCUCACCCACUGGUCUCUGGCUCCCAGUGGCCUGUCCCUGCUCAGUGCAGCUCUCCUUCAGAGCUACCUCGCCCGGCCCACCCAGUACCCCGCCUACUCCCUGCUGGGUCCAAACUCCUACAGGCAUGAGGCCCUGCUCCACAGCUGCUUGAAACAGAUCUGCAAGCCAACUAUGAGACUGGACAGAUUUCAUGUGUGGCUGAACGCAGUGGUCUAUGGGCUCCUGCUUCUCCUUGUCCUCAUUUCAGCCCAGGACUCUGCUGGCCCCAUCCGGACCACGCUCACAGGGCAGGUGCGGGGCAGCCUCAGCCAUGUGAAGGACAACAAUGUGGGGGUCCACUCCUUCCUGGGAAUUCCUUUUGCCAAGCCACCUGUAGGACCACUGCGGUUUGCACCCCCUGAGGCCCCUGAGCCCUGGAGUGGUGUGAGAGAUGGGACUUCCUACCCUGCCAUGUGUCUACAAAACAUUGAUAGAAUGAAUAUAUUGGCAGUGAAGGUCUUGAAUCUGACAAUGCCUCCCAUCCCCAUGUCUGAGGACUGCCUGUACCUCAAUAUCUACACACCUGCUCAUGCCCAUGAGGGCUCUAACCUACCUGUAAUGGUAUGGAUCCAUGGUGGUGCACUGGUUAUAGGUAUGGCUUCCUGCUAUGAUGGAUCCAUUCUUGCAGCCUUGGAGGACAUAGUAGUGGUCACUAUCCAGUAUCGCCUAGGUGUCCUGGGCUUCUUCAGCACUGGAGACCAGCACGCCACUGGCAACUGGGGCUACCUGGACCAAGUGGCCGCCUUACACUGGGUGCAACAGAAUAUCUUCUACUUUGGAGGCAACCCUGACCGUGUCACCAUUUUUGGCCAGUCUGCAGGUGGCACAAGCGUGUCUUCACAUAUUUUAUCCCCCAUGUCCCAAGGACUCUUCCAUGGUGCCAUCAUGGAGAGUGGGGUGGCUGUGGUGCCUGGCCUCAUCUCCAGCUCAUCUGAGGCAGUCUCCAGAGUGGUGGCCAACCUGUCUGCCUGUGAGGAAGUAGACUCAGAGGCCCUGGUGCAGUGCCUGCGGGGCAAGAGUGAAGAGGAAAUGCUGGAUAUUACCAAGACUUUCCACAUCAUCGCUGGUGUAGUGGAUGGAAACUUCUUUCCCAGGCACCCCCAGGAGCUGCUGGCCUCUGGUGAUUUUCAACCUGUCCCCAGCAUCAUUGGUGUCAACAAUGAUGAGUUUGGCUGGGUCAUCCCCAAGGGCAUGGGCACUACUGACACCAAAAAGAAAAUGGACAGAGAGACUAUGAAGGCUGUUCUGCAGCACACAGCAGCACAGAUGAUGUGGCCUCCUGAGUUUGGAGACCUGGUAAUGGAGGAGUACAUAGGAGACAGUGAAGACCCCCAGUAUCUCCAAGCGCAGUUCCAAGAGAUGAUGGGAGAUGCCAUCUUUGUGAUCCCUGCACUCCAAGUAGCACAUUUUCAGCGUUCCCAUGGCAGAGUCUACUUGUAUGAGUUCCAGCAUCGGCCUAACUUCCUCAAAUACUCCAAGCCACCCCAUGUGAAGGCUGACCAUUGCGAUGAGAUGUUCUUUGUCUUUGGAUCCUUGUUCUGGAAUAAUAAACUUGACCUCACCGAGGAAGAGGAGCUACUGAGCAAGAGGAUGAUGAAGUAUUGGACCAACUUUGCUCGAAAUGGGAACCCCAAUGGCCAGGGCCUGCCCCACUGGCCUGCACUGGACCAUGAAGAGCUGUACCUGCAGCUGGACCUCCAGCCUGCUGUGGACCGUGCCCUGAAGGCCUCCAGGAUGAAGUUCUGGACAGAGAUCCUUCCCCAGAAGAUCCAGGAGCUAAAGAGAGCUGAGGAGAAGCACACAGAGCUGUAGCUCCCCAUGUGGGAAGAGCGGGUGGUCUUGAAUGAAAGUGAGGUUUGCCUCUGGUAUCACAAGCCUACUGAGGAGCCUGGAUUGCCUCCACAUUCACACAACUAUUCAUCCUCUUUGUCCCUCCACUCAGCCGACACUCAGGAAGAACCCACUGCAUAAUGCUCAUUGCCAAGCCUGCAGUAUGUCUCCUCUUGUCAGACACUCAGUACAUUCCAAAGAAGCUGUGGGUGGGUAAGUCCCAAUGGAUGCCACCUUCCUCCACACCCACUGAGCUGGGCCCCUUCUCCCUUCCUCAGCUCACCUUUUCUCUACCUUAUCUUUCUUCCCCUCCCAGGGUGACAUCUUCCCCUCUUUAAGAAAGGUGCUCUGGGAAUACUGCUCUCACCCACAUGUCAGAACCCCACAUCCACCUCUCAGCAAGGGCCCAUAGUCUCAGAUCUAUAAAUUGCUAAUAGGAAAUCUAGAUACCAGAAGCCCCAGUGUCUUAGUAUGUUUAGGAUACUAAUUUUUAAAAAGCAUGAGCAUGAUAAUCUGUUUGGCAGAAGUUAAUUGCUCUCAGUUUUGGAAGUUGCAAAGUCCAGGAAAGGUGCCAGCAAAUUUGGUAUCUGGUGUGGGUCUGCUUUCUGGCUUUUCAAGAGUAACUUGUCACUAUUCCCCCAUGUGACAGAAGAGGCCACAGAGCUCUCUCAGGCCUCUUUUAUAUGAGCACCAAUCCCAUCCCUCUCCCAAAGACUUCCCUCCUUCAUAUCAUCACACUGGAAACUGGUAUCUAUAUGUGACCAUCUAGGAGGUAAACCUUCAAACCACCACACGUAAUACUCCCAAAUCUUAGCUACUGAGGCUAUUACUAAUAAAAAUGUGGAAGUCUCUGCACCCAGUUCUUACCCUUGUAGACUAAAGUUUUUAAUUAACAUAAAACAACUCACUUACUCAUCUCACCAAAGAGGUGUGUGGUCCCAUUUUGUGAGGACAACACUGAGCAUGGACCCCAGAGUCUGUGCCGUCAGGAGUGUGUCCAGGAGGCCAGUUUCCUCAGUGGCUUGUCUCCUGAGUUUGCUCUUUAUAUCUUAUUCUGCAAGUACUCUAAGGCCUACAACUACACAAUUAUAGCACAUGUGUGAAAGGUUAUGUCUCCGGGGUAUAUUCUAGAACUGGACUGUAAAGUCAAGAAGUUCCAGAUAUGUCUUGUAGAAGAGAUUCCUGUCAUUGCCUCCCUGAAGGCUUUUCUAUCCAGGAAGGUAUCCCCCUGCUUUUCAGAAUUCCCCUUGAAACCUCCUGAGACUCUGAACAUCCCCUACUCACCAUGGGUAUCCAUGGGAUUCAUUUUUCUUCUCACCGCAUUGUUGUCCCUAAACACUUUUUGGCCCCUCCAAGAAAAACCCUCUCUUGUGUUUUAUUUUAGCUCAUUGUGAAAGAUGCCAAAGUGUGCUCAACCUGCCUCUUUGUUCCCCCAAUGCAUUUUCUCUCUGUCAUUAAGAAGCUAUUUCACUUAUUCCACUGAUUCUGACAUCCACUCCAUUCCCUUACCUUUGACCAGCUUGUUCUGGGACACCAGUUUUUCCAGGAAGAGCAUCCCUGUUCUUUCCUCCACUGCAUUUAAGCUUACUAAAGGGACUUUCAAGUCUAAACCCUUGGGUUGAGGAACACUUUCACAUUGUCCACUCUGGGCACCAGGAGGCAAACCAGGACAACCUUAAAUUGGGCUGACCCACUUAGCAGAGGGUAGAGACCUUCCUUUUAGGCUUACUGGCCCACAUGCCCAUAGUGCUCCACUGUGAAGGGAAACCCUUACAGAGCCUCUGAUGCAAGCAGACCUCUGUAUGGUUUUCAGGCUGCAGCUACCCAGGACAAUCCCACAAGGUAGCUUGCCUGAUAUUUUCAACUAUAAAGAGUUAUCUUAUUUUUUUAAAGCUAUAUUGUGGAGUAAUUUACAUACAGUUAAAUUCACACAUUUUCACUGCAUAGUUUAGCAAAUUUGAGUAAAUGCAUGGGGCAUCCAACCACUGAAACAUCAAAUAUAAGGAUGUUUCUUUCGCCCCAAAAACAUUCCUGUGCUCUUUUGCAAAGUCAGUCAUUGCCUUGGAUCCUUCUCCGUAGCAACCAAUUGAUUUCUGCUGCUGUAGUUUGCCUUUGCUUAAAUAUCACAUAGAAGAAA